AUGGUCGGACAAGCGGCUGCAGCAGUACCUCCAACCCAGUCGGUACCAAUUGAGCAGCAGAAAGCUGAAGUCGAUUCGGCUGUAUCGGACCAAAUCAAUGGCACUCCGUCCGAGCUCUCGAGUGCCGCAGCACAGGCAGCCUUGAAGAUUCAGCAAAAGUACGACGAAGAACGUUCCAAAAGGAUCAGACCCGACGGCGACGCCCAAUAUGUGGAUCUUGCCGUCUCGGAACAAUUUCAGCAUUAUCGCGAGGAUCCCUGGCUCGACGAGCGGUCCGAGGCUGUCACUAUCCGUGACGGCGAGCAUAUCAAGUAUUUCAUUCUGGGUGCAGGCUUUGGCGGCCUGGUAUACGCCGUCAAACUUAUCAGAAGCGGCAUCCCGGCAUCCGAGAUUCGGAUUGUCGAUUCUGCUGGAGGAUUCGGAGGAACGUGGUAUUACAACAGAUAUCCAGGACUGAUGUGCGACAUCGAAUCGUACUGCUAUCUCCCACUGCUCGAGGAGAUGAACUACAUACCCAAACACAAGUACUCCUACGGGUACGAGAUUCGGGAGUACAUAAAUAAGGUUGCAGAGAAAUACGGACUAUCCGACACGGCUAUGUUCCGGACCAAGAUCAAUCGUCUCGUCUGGGACGAAUCGGGCGAUGAAUGGAAAGUCAACAUGACCAAGGAACGUACCUCGAACACUCCUCUCGAUAUCAACAUCACUGCUCAGUUCGUCAUCUCCACGUCUGGCCUUCUGCUGCAUCCGAAGCUCCCUGCUAUCGUGGGGAUCGAAAACUUCAAGGGGACGUCGUUCCACACUUCUCGCUGGGAUUACUCUGUUACCGGCGGUUCGCAAGAGAACCCAGUACUUGCUAAGCUUUCAGACAAGCGCGUCGGCAUUAUCGGGACAGGCGCCACGGCAAUUCAAGCUGUGCCACAUCUUGCCAAGUAUGCCCGAAGCCUUACCAUCUUCCAACGCACGCCGAGCUCAGUCGACGAACGUGGCCAACACCAGACCGAGGAGUCUACUUGGAGCUCCAAAGUUGCCACGAAGCCAGGCUGGUGGAAGGAACGCAAUCUCAACCUAGCAGCCCAUCUCUCUGCCGCAGUCGAGCCUGGCGAAAUCGACCUCGUGGACGAUCAAUGGUCCAGGUGUCGUGCAUACCGCGCCCUGAUCGGCGGGCCCGACCCUCCAUUCUCGAUGGAGAGCAUCCCUGCAUUCGUUGCCUCGCUUUACGCCACAGACCUCCCCCGAGCGGAAAGAAUCCGCCAACGAGUCGACGACACGGUCAAAAACAAGACCACCGCCCAAGCACUCAAGCACUGGUACGGCACCUGGUGCAAGCGACCGACAUUCCACGACGACUACCUCCCCGUGUUCAACCAGCCCAACGUGCAACUCGUCGACACAAACGGCAAAGGCGUCGACAGCCUGACCGCCACCUCCGCCGUGGUCGGCCCCAAUGAAUACCCGCUCGACAUUCUGAUCUUCAGCACGGGAUUCCGCUCGCCCGCGAUCGGUAGUCCGGCCUUUCGCGCGGGGAUGACCAUCACGGGCCGCGCGGGUCGCGACAUGGACGCCAAGUGGCGCGACAACGUCGCCACCUUGCACGGCACCCUGACACACGGUUUCCCCAACUUGUUCAUGCCGGGCCCCUUCCAGGCCUGCGCGACGGGCAACGCCAUCUUCACGCUCGACAUCAUGAGCAACCACGCCGUCGAGAUCAUCAGGCAGGCCCAGGCACGGUUUCCGGGCCAGAAGGUCGUGAUCGAACCGACGGUCGAGGCCGAGGAGGAGUGGUCGACCGAGAUCGCCAAGCGCAGUAUGGCCUUCGCUGCCAUGGCCGGGUGCACGCCAGGAUAUUUGAACGGCGAGGGGAUCAUGGACAGUUUACCAGUUGAGGUCAAGAUGAAGGCCGCGCGCAUGGGCAUCUGGGGCGAAGGAAUCGAAAGUUUUAUGAACACGCUAGAGACUUGGGAGAGGGAGGGACGCCUGGAGGGUUUAACCGUCACGCCGGUGACUGAUUGA